AUGACUGGUGUCAGUUCAGCAAAGGUGUCGAAGUUGCAACAGCAAGGCCAGAGGUCAUAUCGGAAGGGUGAUUUCAAGGCUGCUAUUGAGGCCUUUGGCCAGGCCCUCAAUCAGCAAGAUGUCGACAUAAUUGGUAUCUUGGACAAUCGGGCCGCCGCAUAUUCGAAACUGGGGCAACAUGACCAGGCACGUCGGGACGCACGACAAAUGAUCAAACGGUCCCGGGCCCAGAGAGUUCCGCUGCCUGAUGAAAGGGGCUAUCUUCGUUGUGCCAAGGUUCUUCUUCUGGAAGGAAAGCCAGAGAAGGCACUGGAGCUCUAUGCAUAUGGCCUGAAGACUCUCCCCAAGGAUCAUCCACGGCGUGAAUUACUCUCUCAGCUACAUCUGAAACUUCAGGACAAUAUGAAUAAAUCUCUCGCUGACCCUAUGACGGUCUUGCCCUUGGAGUUGAUUGUGUAUAUCCUUGAGUAUCUUGAAUUCUCGGAGCUCGUGGUGCUUUUCCGUGUUUCCCGAAGUUGGGCAGCGGUCCUCAUGUCGCUGCCAAAUCUGUUCAUGCAUCUGGACCUUUCCCGGGCUCGCAGGAAUGUCCCGACGUCUGCAAUUCUAAAAUAUAUCAAGGGAUCGCGCACGCAACUGACCCAUGCCACCAUCAUGAAACUCUUCCCCGGAGACAAAAUCCGCAUAUUAGAUAUGCUGGGACGGUUCCACGACUCCCGCCAGCUCAAGUCCCUUAUUAUUUCAAGUGAGAUCCCUACGAGCACCGAAUAUUUUGCCCGAUUCCUGGCUGCCCUGCCUCAGCUCGAGCGCAUUGCAAUCUAUGGCAUCAGGUCCUCUGCCUGGGCUGCCAUCUUCCAGUCAGGAUGGCCCAGAACCCUUCCCAAUCUGAAGACGAUCGCCCUACAAUCUGGCCACACAGCCAUUCCAAAUAGCCAUGCACACCCCCUAGAUCUCCUGAACCUUUUGAGUGAGCGAGAGCAACACACAUACCCAAACCUGGAGGAACUGGUACUUUCCUGGUGCCCAGAGCGAUACAUGCCGUAUGUCUUUAAGCCAGUUUCUCCCAGCCUCAGUGCACGCCUUCCACCUCUCCGCCGGAUUGAUUUCCGUGGCGUGACUCCUGGGCCCAAUUUUCUCAGUGUCCUUCCAUCUACGCUCGAGGAACUCCACGUGCAGGGAGGCGGUUCUAUCAGCCCCUUCCUUGAGAUUGAUGCGACAAAGACCUUGCCUAACCUGACCAGUCUGGUCCUCAAAGAUCUCCGGUGGCUCGACUGGCAGGUAUUCUGGGCCCUGGCUGUCAACUCCAAGGCACCCCUCCGCGCCCUGCAGAUCGACGCUUGCUUCAACGUUAACGUCGGGCUAUUUCCCCGCACCAUGGACGAGAUGGUGACCGUCAACCCUGACCUCAAGUCUCUGAACCACCUGAGCCUUGUCAACAUGCCCGAUGUCACCACCGACUACGUGGGAGAAUUGAUCGAAGGCUUUACCAAGUUAAAGAUCCUCGACCUAUCCCACACUAAAAUCACUGGAUUCCUCGUCCGCGUGCUUGCCGAUCGCCGCACCGACCCUAACUGGAACGGCGCCAUUCUUGAACACGUCGUGGUUAGGGGGUGCGAGUCCGUAUCCUCGGAUGUUGUUCCGUACGCAGAAGCCAGGGGGCUCCACGUUUACAGGUAG